AGUGGAGGCAGCCUCUCCUCCCUUCGCAGGCCCCUCUGAUUCCCAAAUCUUCCCGCGCCCGGCGGGCGCAGAAAGUUUUGCCUGUGGCUGGCCCUUUAAGGGCGGGCCAGCCGCCGCGGCGCACGUGAGCGGCCUCAGGAAGCCAGCGCGGGGCCGCCUUCCCAGAGAAACCGAGAAGGGUCACAAGCCUGUCCAGGGUCAGCAGCAGGGGUUGGCUUAGGGCCAGGCGGCGGUGGAUGGACCCCUCCAGGAAGAGGACGCUCCAAGUACAGAGGUUUAUAACCAGAAGUCUAGUGAAGAGCUGACAUUUUUCAGGCGGAAUCUGGCUUCUGAUUUCCCUAAGGGGUCUGAGGACGUGGUGGAGCCCUGGAGCACUUGGAGCUUUGGCCCCUGCCGCGCUGGAUGCCAUGAGUUGCUAAAGUGAGCCUGGCUUUAGAGCUGCCUUGGGGUGUGGCGUGGGGGGCACAGAGCCAUGUCGGACCUGCUCCUCCUGGGCCUGAUUGGGGGCCUGACUCUGCUGCUGCUGCUGACGCUGCUGGCCUUUGCUGCGUACUCAGGGCUGCUGGCUGGGGUGACAGUGAGUGCUGGCUCACCCCCCAUCCGCAAUGUCACCAUGGCCUACAAGUUCCAUGUGGGCCCCUACGGUGAGACUGGGCCGCUUUUCACGGAGAGCUGCAGUGUCUCCCCCAAGCUCCGCUCCAUUGCUGUCUACUAUGACAACCCCCACACGGUGCCCCCUGAAAAGUGCCGCUGUGCAGUGGGCAGCAUUCUGAGUGAAGGUGAGGAGUCACCCUCCUCUGAGCUCAUCCGACUCUAUCAGAAAUUUGGCUUCAAGGUGUUCUCCUUCCCGGCACCCAGCCAUGUGGUGACAGCCACCUUCCCCUACACCACCCCCCUGUCCAUCUGGCUGGCUCCCCGUCGGGUCCAUCCUGCCCUGGAUGCCUACAUCAAGGAGCGGAAGUUGUGUGCCCACCCGCGGCUGGAGAUCUACCAGCAAGACCAGAUCUAUUUCAUGUGCCCCCUGGCACGGCAGGGAGACUUCUAUGUGCCUGAGGUGAAGGAGACAGAGCGGAAGAGCCGGGGGCCUGCAGAGGCCAGCGACGCCCUGGUGGAUGGCACAGGUGCUGACACGAUGAGCGACACGAGUUCUGUAAGCCUGGAGCUGGGUCCUGGCAGCCGGGAAACUUCAGCGGCCACACUGUCCCCCGGGGUGAGCAGCCGCGGCUGGGACGAUGGCGACACCCGCAGCGAGCACAGCUACAGCGAGUCAGGUGCCAGCGGCUCAUCUUUCGAGGAGCUUGACCUGGAGGGCGAGGGAGCCCUGGGGGAGCCAAGGCUCAGCCCUGAGACUGAGCCCCUGGGGGCUCCCAAGUGGCCCCGGGAGCCCAGUACCCCAGAGAAGGGCGAGGAGUAACCGCGGCCUGCACCUCCCUGUGGCACCGCUGCCAAGGAACUGAGCAUCUCUGCAGUCCUCCUCUUCCUCCACCUCCCGGUCUCCGGCCGGGGCCAGGGCUCUUGUGCAGCCCUGACUUCUGCCCCGGUCCUCCGGCCAAGCCUUCUCCUCACUGUCCUCUCGGCCCCCAGAGCCAGAGGACCCAGGACUGUUAUCUGCACCCAGCCCCUGGGGCUGCCACCCCUGUUACAUCUUUUUCAGAUUCACGUUGAGCUUCCAGGACCCAGAAUAAAAACAAAUGAUUUUCUUGGUUUCA